AUGGAUCGUUUCCGGAUGAUCUUCCAGUACUUCCAGUCCAACUCGGAGUCUGUAAUGAAUGGGAUCUGUGGGCUGUUAGCCCUGGCUAGCGUAAAGAUGUAUACUUGCUUUGACUUCAGCUGCCCCUGUCUGCCCUGGUACAACGUGGCAUACGGCUUGGGGAUCAUGUUCGUACCUCCAGUCGCCCUCUUCCUCUGCGGCCUCAUCCUCAACAGGCAGUCCCUGGUGAUGCUGGAGGAGUGGAGGCGACCGCAGGGGCGCAGAAAGAAGGACCUGGCUGUCAUCAGGUACAUGUGUUUCUCCAUCAUGCAGCGAGCCACGGUUGCCCCUGUCGUCUGGAUCUUGAUCACCCUCCUGGAUGGCAAAUGCCUGAUCUGCGCUUUCAGCAGCUCCGUGGAUCCUGAGAAGUUUGUGGGCUUUGCCAACGCCAGCCCAGUGCAGGUGCAGCAGCUGCUGGCCAAGGUGCCCUGCAAGGACGAUGAGCUCAUGAGGAACAACACAUCCCGCAAGGCAGUGUCCAGGUACCUGCGCUGCUGGUCCCAGGCACUCGGCUGGAGCAUUUUGUUGAUCCUUAUCGUAGCAGCUUUCCUCGCCCGCUGGCUCAGACCUUGCUUCAACCAGGCCACCCUCCUACAGGCACGUCACUGGAGCAACUACAUUGACAUCGAGCAAAAGAUUUUUGAGGAAACCUGCUGUGAGCACAGCCGGCUCUUUGCUCACAAAUGCAUCCUCCACUUCUUCGAAAGCAUGCGGCAAGAGAUCAAACUGCACAGCUUCAGCUUGCUUAGGGAGGGAGAGAGGGCCGCAGAAGAGGAAGGUCUACUCCAGGGCAUCACAGAUCAGGUCCAGGUGAAUAAACUUCUGAAAAUGUGGUACUAUGAGAAACCUCCCCUGGAUGUCAGCCAGGCGACCCAGAGGCAUCCUCUGGGGCAAGAGAGAUCCCCUCUGCCCUGA